UCCCAUCAGAGUCCCCGUCCAGCUCAGUGCAUGGAAAAACUCUCUCUAGCCGUCAUUCUGGAGUUUGGAGUGAUUUUCACAAUGCGUUGCAGUUGCGCGCGACUCUCUCCAACACUUUGUUCCUCAUGAGGAAAGUCUGCGGAGUUCUUCCUGAAGAAAACUUUCGGUGCAUUAUUGGCUCGCGACACCACAACUAUGGAUUAUAUUUACCUUUUAAUGUACUGUACGAUAGGCCUCUUAUUUCUGGACUGUAGACAUGCUGUGAAAUCUCACGGGAAACUGUCCGGUAAGUUGAGUGAAUUCGGUCUGAUUGUGCCGUUCAGCACGGACGCGCGCGGCAGGUUCGUCUCUCACGUGCUGUCCGCGAGAGCGUCAUCGACCGGCAGGAAACGGGUCCCGCGCGACGCCCCCGCUACAUCUCACGCGGCUCCUAACGGGCAGCAGCUGUUCUUCAACGUCACGGUGUUUGGAAAGGAGCUGCACUUGCGCCUGAGGGCCAACAGGAGACUCGUGGCCCCUGGAGCUGCAGUUCACUGGCAGGAGGAUUUUCACGAACAGGCCACAGAGCGCAUGCACGGAGACUGCGUGUUUACCGGCGAUGUCACGGACAUGCCGAAUGCCUCCGUGGCCAUCAGUAACUGUGACGGAUUGAUUCACAUGCAUCCAGCGCCGAUUAUACUCGUCAAACUAUCAACUUCCCCACCUCUGUUUGUGUCUCAAAUCCUUAUCCGAGGCUCACGGUUGGGUAUGGAGCAUGACGGUCAGGGGAACAGAUGUUCAGAUGAAACCAGUAUGGGCAGUAUAAUGGCUCCACUGGUGCAGGCUGCUUUUCACCGGUAUCACUGGUCCCGCUGCAGCAAACAGGAACUCAACCGAUACAUCCACUCUUACGACUGUCUUAUGGACGAUCCGUUCGAGCUGAAAUGGCCCAAACUCACCGAGCUUCCUGGUAUCAACUACUCCAUGGACGAGCAGUGCCGCUUUGAUUUCGGUGUGGGCUAUAAGAUGUGCACCGCUUUCCGCACAUACGACCCGUGUAAGCAGUUAUGGUGCAGUCAUCCAGAUAAUCAAUACUUCUGUAAGACCAAGAAGGGUCCUCCGGUCGAUGGGACAGAGUGCGCUCCAGGCAAGUGGUGUUUUAAAGGUCAUUGCAUCUGGAGGUCGUCUCAGCAGCCGUACGGUCAUAAUGGAGGUUGGAGCUCUUGGGGAAAGUUCGGCUCCUGCUCACGCACCUGUGGAGGAGGCAUUCGGUCCCGCAACCGUCAGUGCAAUGACCCUGUUCCAGCGUAUGACGGUCGUGACUGUCCCGGGUCAACGAUUGAUUAUCAGUUGUGCAACACGGAAGAUUGUUCCGGUCCGUAUGAAGAUUUCAGAGCGCAACAGUGUGUGCAGCGCAGCAACAAAUACCACAACAACAUCAAACACACGUGGCUGCCGUACGAACACCCUGACGAGGCUCAUAAAUGUGAGUUGAGUUGUCGCUCUAAGGAAACGGGUGAGAUGGUGUUCAUGAAUCAAGUCAUGCAUGACGGGACGCGCUGCAGUUACUCUGAUCCAUUCAGUGUCUGCGCUCGAGGAGAAUGUCUGCAUGUUGGAUGUGAUAAGGAGGUGGGGUCGUAUAAACAGGAGGAUAAGUGCGGCGUAUGUGAAGGUGACAACUCGCACUGUCGCACCGUCAAACUCACUCUCACCAAAACACCGAAGAAGACAGGCUUGCUGAAAAUGUUUGAUAUUCCUGCGGGCGCUCGACACAUCAUGAUUGAAGAGAACGAAACAUCGCCGCAUGUCAUCUCCAUUAAAAAUCAAGUCACAGGCAGUUUCAUCCUGAACGCUAAAGUUGAGGAACCCAAAUCCAAGAGCUUUAUUGAGAACGGUUUGGAGUGGGAAUAUUCGGUGGCAGAUGGGAAAGAAUCUGUGAAGUCCAUCGGGCCGCUCCAUGAGGGCAUCGUGGUGCUGGUCGUCCCGCAGGCCGAGGACACCAAGAUCAGUCUCAGUUACAAGUACAUCAUUCAUGAGGAUCUGCUGCCGAUCAUCACCAACAACAACGUGCUUCUCGCCGAACUGGACACGUAUGAGUGGGCGCUGAAGAGCUGGUCCCAGUGCUCCAAACCCUGCGGUGGAGGUGUGCAGUACACUAAAUAUGGCUGUCGGGUGAAAAGCGACAGUCGUUUGGUUCACAGGAAUUUAUGUGAGAUCAGUAAAAAGCCCAAACCGAUCCGUAAACGCUGUAACACCAACAACUGCAGCCAACCCACGUGGGUUGUGGAGGACUGGGGUCCGUGCAGUCACUCGUGUGGGAAACUGGGCAGCCGGUCUCGGGUGGUUCAGUGUGUGCAGCCGCUGCUGAACGGCACUAACAGACUCAUGCAUGCAAAAUACUGCAGCGAGGAGCGUCCCGAGACACAACGAGCCUGCAACACCAGCGCUUGUCCAUCACAGUGGAGGACUGGAGCAUGGUCACAGUGUUCGGUGAGUUGUGGUGAAGGUAUUCAACAGCGUCAGGUGAUCUGUCGAGCGACUGACAACAGCGCGGGUCUGUGUGACUCUGACAAACCAGAUUCUGUGUCCAUCUGCAAACUUCCACCAUGCACAGUGUCAUCUUUGGCCACUCCCACUAAAGAUCUACUGGAGAAUUUUACCACUGAGGAUGAGAAACCUCCAGAACAAACGCUAGAUCAAAUCUCUAAUGAGCCGUGUCUUGGUGAUAAAUCGAUAUUCUGUCAGAUGGAGGUACUUGCUCGGUACUGCUCGAUCCCAGGCUAUCAUAAACUCUGCUGCGAGUCCUGUAACAGGAAGUUGGGUUUCAGUACAGUAUCUCCAGAUGCACACCCUCCGUUCUCAUGGCUCCCGGAUUUGGCUUUCCCACCAUUACCUCAAACGAGCCCCAAUCCAAGACUACAGACUACAUCGACCGCUCUGAUCCAGACCACUAAAGCUAGCAGCAGGAGACAGUGGCCUACGCUAUCUGACCUCACCACUGCUGCCAUCAGCCCCGAACUAGAGGAGGCAUCCUCUCUCGGUGCUCCCGUGAGCACCGGCUUCCCUUCUAGGGGCAUUAGAGAGUCCAUCACCUCUCCUCUACCUCCAGGGCUCAGUGUCAACACCACCAGCCCGCCACAAGAUGGACUGCAGCAACAAAACACCACCUUAGACUCACUUCCUUCAACCAGGAGAAAAAGGGACAGAUCCACAGGGGCCAAAAGGGGCCUUAAGAACAGGAACUCACCAGUCACAUGAUCAUCAGGAUGGCUGCACUGUAAAAAAAUAACUUUCUUAAAGGAAUAUUCUGGGGUCAAUACAAAUUAAGCUCAAUUAAAACAGCAUUCGUGACAUAUUCUUGAUUACCACAAACAUUUAUUUAGACUCGUCCCUCCUAUUUUGAAAAAAGCUAAAAUCGAUGUUCCAGUGAGGCACUUACAAUGGAUGUCAAUGGGGUCAAUCCGUAAACUUUCAAAUGCUUAAACAAUAUGUGUGUUACCAUGAUAUAUAUAGCACCAUUAAACACAACCAGGAUUGACCAAUAAAUAAACAGAACACAAUAUCAUUACUAAAAUACAGUGCAAUAAAACUUCCUCAUUGAUUAUGAGCGUGAUGGUGCAUUCCACAUUUUGGGUGCCGCUACCGAAAAGGCGCAGUCAACCCCUACAUUUCAGCUUCAACUUCGGGAUGCACAAAAAUCUCUGGUUGGAUAAGGGCAGAUAGAUUUGAGUGUCAUCAGCAUAGCAAUGCUAAAGAUAGAACCCAAUGGGAGCAUAUAUAAUGAAAAAAGAAUGGGACCUAAGAUAGAACCCUGCGGCACACCUCACGAAAAAGGAGCUGCCCCAGAUGAAUGUUCACUUUAAAUCUUCUAUUAGAAAGAUAUGAUUUAAACAUUUCAGAGCACUUCCUUUUAUACCAGCACAGUGCUCCAAGUGAGCAAGAAGGACAGCAUGGUCCACUGACUCAAAGAUCUUAUUUUCACCAAGAAAACUCUGCUGUUGUUGUAAAACAAUUUUUUCUAAGAUCUUUGUAAUAAAAGACAGAUUUGAAAUUGGUCUAAAAUUUGCUAAAACAAGUUCGGUCUCUUACGCAAGAGAUAAACUGUGGCAUGUUAUGAAAAUAUCCACCAUUCUGUCUCAACUCAACAAUGAAUGAAUGAUGAUGAAAGCCAAAGGUUCAUUAAUUACGGAGUAAUCCAUUAUUUUGUAGGAGGCCAAAAUGACAAUUUUCACCAAAACUACAGGUCUAAAAAAUAACCUUAGAAAGGUGUUAGAGUCCUGAUUUUAUUUUUACACACAGAUAUGUAGAUCUUUUACUAAACUGAGUGGACUUCAGCACCACUUGUUGCAUUAUACAUCAAUGGUGCGAGUCCAAAUAUGGGAAAAAACACUAUUUUUGUGUCAUUUUUCCAAAGUUGGAGUGCCCAUAACUCGAGAAGUAUUAAAGAUAUCUGAAUAUCCUUUAAAAGACUGUUUCAGAAUAAACCUUUCUUUUUGUAUCCCAAUUUUUAAGGCCCUAUAUGGUUAAAUCGCAGAGAUGUGAAGCUCUCAAUGUGGCUCUGCGUGUAAAUUUGACCCGUUUUCAAAGGGCGAAAACCAACCGUGGGACUCUGUUGUUGCACAUCAGGUACAGUAGUAGUUUUAAAACAUCGAUUUAUCAUAGUCAAAAAUGUUAGUCUGAUAAAAUCACGUACUAAUCUUUUCUGUCUAAAGUUAUAGCCAAUUUUUUACUUCGUUGCCAUGACGACGUAAACACGAUAAAAUACAUGUUGAAAACAAAGGUGGAGUUUCUACGACUAUUUUUCCCAGUAAAAUUAUUUUAACAUCCUAAAAGCAAAAUUUUAUUUGUUUUUGUGUUGUUGGCAGAAAACUCACAAAUAAAUAAAUAAACAUUUCUAACAUUAAAUUACAAAAAAAAAUAUUGAUAUAAAUAAUAUUAAAUUAAUUAUUAUAAAUUAUUAUUAAUAGUUUAACUGAAUAAAAAUGGCUUAAAUAUGAAUAUUUAAAGUUUAUAUAUUUUUUUCUUUGUUGGUAGAAUUUUUCAUGUAUUUCUUAAAUUAAAAUUAAAUAUUAAAUUAAAUUAUAUUACAUUAAAACCCUAAAACAGCCAUAAAAAUGACGAUUUAAACAGCUCAAAUAAUACACUAAUUUUAACUAAAUUUAAGUGCUUUUAUAAAUUAUAAGCAUCAACUUUCUGCCUUUUAAACCUCCAAAAAUUGACCCCAUUGACUUCCAUUGUAAGUGUCUCACUGGAACACACAUUUGUGCUUUUAUUAAAGAAAAGUAGGAACGAGUCGAAAUUAAUUUUUGUGGUAAUUAUGCCACAAAUGCUGUCGAUGGAGCUCAACUUGUACUGAACCCAGAAUAUUCCUUUAAGGCAAACCUAGUCUUAUAGAAUUAUGGUACUGUACCUAUAUUUUUGCUAAAUAAAGUUUACGUGGUUCGUUGUACGUAUCGCGGCAGUUUCCAGGUGAAAUGAACACUAGAGGCGCUACAACAACAAUGACUGACUGUCACACAAAUCACGAGGAAAGCGGCAGAUUAUCAGUUCAUAAACACUUACUUUCUGCCCCGUUCCUCACUCAAUGCUAUCUGAUGACAUCGAAACACUUUUACUGUAGUGCAUGACUCACUUUAACGCUUGCAUUAUAUAAUCAACAACAUUUGCAUGCUUAAGCACGAUUAAAUUGUGCAUUAGCUCGACCGAUAGAGCGUUGCACUUGUGAUCGGCGCGGGUACGAGUCCUGAAGAGCACACAAGUCCACGUGUGAACCCAAAGUGUCAUUGAUGCGCCACUAAAACCUGCUUGUGUUUUUCAUCUCGCAGUUGCUUAAACCUGAUAUUGAACUCGCUUUUAGCGCCUCACGGUGGACACUUCACCUCAGAACUGCGACAGUACUCGCAACGCACCACGUCAUGUCAUCUCGCAAAAAGUUUGCCGCAGUCACGUCAUUUUCGUGAGAUCAGGCUGGAAAUGAAAGUAAGAAAACGACGAAAUAAGACGUUUUAACGGUGCUGUAUUUUUAAAUGCAGCGACUGCGUCGCGAUCAUUCCGCUUUGUUUUCCGUGUUGUUCUGUAAUGCUACAAUCAGCUGUCAAUCGGGCUCACUCGAUGGCAGACACAACGAUCACCUCUCCGUUCUCAUCAGGGUAAACGCCAGGGCUGGACUGGGAAGAGAAACCGGCCCGGGAUUUUACAUGGCACCGGCCCGCCCCUGAUCGGCCCCAAAGUGCGUCGGCCCACCGGGAAAAUGCCCGGUAUGCCCGAUUACCAGUCCAGCCCUGGUUAACGCUAUACUGUGUAAUAUUUACAGGUAUACUGUAUAUGGCCAUGUCAUCUGUAGCAGUGUUAAUUUGAAUCUUGUGUUGUUUCUUCAUACACCAACUGAUACUUUAAAGUCAAUAAGCCUUCUUAUAUAAAAGUGGGUGUCGACACAUUAAAUGGGUUGUGAAUGCCGUUUCAUGUUGACUUAAACGUACAAAACUAUUGAAGCGUUACAAAUCAAUGCACUUGUUAGUUCUAGAUGUUUCCCUGGUGCUCGUGUAGUUCAAAACUCUCAAAGGAAACAGACCAAUGUGACUUCUGCUCACCUGUGAAACACAAACCACCUCUAAUGCAUGUCUGUUGUACAGUAAGGUUGUGUUUGCACAUGCUUUAUGUUCUGAUAUUCGUCAGGUGGUUUUGUAUAUAUUGUAAAUAGUUGCAGGUGUGAGGAAGGUCUCGGGGGUCACCAGAGGUCAUGGUGAAGUCUGGCGUCCCUCUCUUGUGGUUUAAUAUAAGUUCUGUAUUGUAUAGUACUUGUGUAUAUAUGAGAGCUUUAAGUGUUGAUAUUUAUUACAUUUUUAAGUUGUAGGAAGAUGAAAAUAUACACGUCGAAAUCAAAGGUGGAGUUUCUACUUACUGUUCUGUAUUUGUUUUUCCUCGUCUCUCUGCCUCUCUUAGAUUCUGUCUUAUUUUCUCCCCAUUAAAAUGAUCGUAAUAUCCCAAAAACAAGAUAGAUUUAACUAAGAAAAAAAAAAGCUUGAAUAUUGUAUUUUGUAUUUUUUUGUGUGUUGUUGGCAGAAAACUCAAA